CAGUGACGUCAUCGAAGGGGCAGUCGCGUAGCUGCAACGUCAUUACGAAAGCGGCCUAUCAUCACAGUGUCUCCGCGUCGCAGGGCCAUUGACGCGUCUGUAUCGGUUCCCGGGGAAAGAAAAUAAAGAAAAAAACAUGGCCACUGUAAGCCAACCGAGAACCGGAGAAGAGCCCGAGGAGGAAGAAGAGGAAGAGGAGGAGGAGACGGCCGAGGAGGAGGAAGAUUAUACCUUCUUACCGCUGGUGCACGACAUUAUCAAAUGUAUGGACAAGGACAGCCAAGAUGUUUACCAGGAGCUGAACGAGCUGAAGAACAAGUUCCAGGCGAUGAGGAAGCAGAUUAACAACAUGGCCGGCAUCGACAUGACCCCCGAACAGCAGCAGCAGCACCUCCAGAGCCUGAAGACGCAGGUCCAGACCAAGAACGAGCUGCUGCAGAAGUACAAGAGCCUCUGCAUGUUCGAGAUCCCCAAAGACUAAGCCAUCUUCUCCGUCGGCGGGAGCCUCUGGCUGUACGAUCCCAUAUAGGAGGGAGCAGUGGACUAUAUAUAGGGCCGGGUCCCAACUACCCCUCCCAAAGACACCAUGGAUGUUAUGGGGGGGGGG